AGUAGGUCAGAGCAGUGAACGGAAGGCUUGAAUUACCAGCAAAGAAGACAGCAAAUGGAUGAAAACGGCUGUGCUCUGAAGAUACUUUCACCUCUGUAUAAAAUCUAAUAAUGAAGAAACGGUUCUGGUAUUCUGGUGAUAGAUGAUGCCAAAAGCAUUUAGUUCUGAACAAUGAAAUCUGCAGAUUUGAACCGGUUAUUAUUAGUGGUAAUUGUUUUAAAUUAUGCUAAUCUGAAAGUCAUUAGUGGCAAUGACGUCGCUUCGUCUGCAGCGACAUCCCUGUCUAGUCCGCAAGGGACAUUUACAGCCGCUGCAUCAACUUCUGCUCUAACAACUUCACCUUUUACUCAACCUGAAACAACCACUACAAUUUCAAGUACAGCUAACACAACUCCAGUUCCUACGACUACACCUUUGACUACUCCCACGACUACUCCAUCAACUACUACUCCAACAAUUCCACCAACAAUUCUGAAUACGACCGAAGCUCCUACUACCACUACUACUAUCCUAACGACUACAACGACUACAACGACUACUCCAUCUCCGACUCCUUCUCCGACCUCGCCACCAACUACAACUAUCGUAGCCACUACUACUACGCAAGCCCAGACUACUUCUACUGCCAAACCAACCACGAUUGAGGAAAAUGAGGCUUAUCCACCAUCCAAUGACGUGGGUGAAAAGAUUUAUGAAGAAAAGGUAAUGCAACUUGAGCGAGAAAAUGAAAGGUUGAAAAUUGCAGUCGGUGUUUUAGCAGCUAUAAUUAUCGUAACAGUAUUAUUUGUUUUACUAAUCAUAUAUUUAAGGAAAAGAAAUAGUGUUGAGCUGAGAACGUCUGAAAAGCCAAAUCGUCCAAUAUAUUUUCGACCAGUGAGUAAUUUCAAAAAGACGCCACCUAUUGACCCGGCUUUAGAAUACCUCCAUGAUGAUAGACUAUUUGUCAAUGACUUAGAUAAAGAGAUGGAGACGUUUAGAUUAAACCGUGGAACCAACCAAAUGACCAGUGAACUGUAGUUUGGUUAAACUGCAACAAAAAAAUGUAUAUCACAUUUGAAUAUCAGUGUCGCACCGUAUCAAUGACAAUUCAAUUGCGUCGUUUUUUAACGUGAAUUAUGGUGGGAAUAAUAUGCGGUUUUGUUUUCCAAUAUUGGAUUUUGAAUGGAGUGAAUCAUUAUCUGGAAUCGACAUAUUGAAAGCAGGGAAACUCUUUGAGUCCAUGUGGGAUGAUCUUCAGUUCUGAAUGAUCCCCGAACGCGGGUACCAUUUGACUUGAAUUAGAAAACGAACACAUUCCAAGUUCCAUUAAAAUACUCUCCAACUGCCGUUUGCGAAAAUGUGUAAGUAGGGUGAAUGCUACCAAUAUGUGUAAAUAUAUAUUUAUUCAACCUUCUAAACACCAACAAAGAGAUUGAAUUAAUACCCUAAUCUUGUAUAUACUUGCAUUGUGCCAUAGAAAAAUGUGAUGUGUGGGUGGUAUGGAAAUUGAAUGUACCAGAAUGGACCAAACUAAACCAAAAGCAUUAAAGCACCAUACCAUACUAACAUGACGUAGUAACGAUUUUAACCACUACGUGUUUUUUCAAUAAAAUUGCUUUG